UGAAGGAAAUUCAUAAGACAUUAUUAAGCUAUGGUAUAGUCAAUAGUGAGAUACAUUAAAAAUGAAAAAUGGAAAUACAACAACAAUAAAAAUACUUUUGGAGAAAAAAAAAAAGGAAACAAGAGGAAAGUUGAAAAAAAAAAAGGAAAUUGUAAUCAGACUUUUGCUUAUUAAAACAUAACAUAACACUUGACUUCUCCACAAUUUCCAAUUUCACAACAAUCUCUUCUCUUAUUUCCAAUUUCUUACGACUGAGAUCAUCUCUCUUUCUCUGAAUUUGUUAUCUUAAUUCACUCUCAGAUAAUGGAAACCAAAUCACUCAACGUCGAUGUUAAUGUAACGGCUUUGUUUUUUACUCCAUCUUCAGGCUUCUUAAACGAACUAAUAAUCAUUCGACCGAGACAAGUCGAGGAAUUUCUCAUAGACGACAACGAUCAUAGUGUCACGAGUCUUGGCUCUUACCCGGACUCUCCUCCUUCCGACCCACUAAUCUAUCUCAAAUUCCAAAGCUUCGAACCAAACUACCUCUAUCAACUUGUCCAUACCCAACUCCACGAUCAUGUCUUGUCCAAACAAAUAUCUGACCAGAUUGUUGUUAAAGCACAAGAGCUAAGAAGUGAUCAAAGUUCUGAUCACUUGCCACAACAACCCUUAUUCAUGGGAGUCUCCGUCAGAUUUACACGCAAGGUAUUCAAAGUUGUGUCUUGUAAUUGUGCUCCAUCGACAACAGAUUUGGUGGAAACAGAGACAUGUGCGAUAUGUCUGGAGGAUAUGUUGGAGUCGGGAUCUAUCUACCAUAUGCAUAAUUGUUCGCAUCUGUUUCAUCAAGGUUGUCUCAACGAGUGGUUGAAUCGACAACAGAAUUCAUGUCCUCUCUGUCGCCAACCUAUUUACCAGUAGCAAAAGUGAAACAGAGUCUAAUAAUUAGGGUUUCAAAACAUGGUUUUUUUUGUGUGUGUAUG